AUGGCGACUCCCUUCCUCGUCUCCUUCGACCCCUCCUCCUCUUCCUCCGUCGCCCCCGCGGGUCUCUCGCUCCAGCAGAUCGCCUACUUUGGCCGCGUGCUGAUCAAGGCUGCCACCCUGUCACAGGCGGAGCAGUUCCUGCGUGAGAAUUUCCGCCGGCUGGACGUCUACGUCGAUGUCUCUGCGAUCGCCACUGCCGGCGAGAUCGUCGACAUCCUGAACGCCGGCGCCGCCCGCGUCUUCGUCACCCCGGCCCAACUGGCUGUCCUGUCUGCCGAGCAGAGCGUGCCCGCCGACCGACUCGUCGUUUUCGCUUCCUCCGACGCCGAGAUCGAUGGCUUCAAGGCCUGGGUGGGCCAGAGUGCUGACCGGAAGGCUACAGGCCUGUGCACCGAGUCCGAUAAUGUCAAGACUGUUGCCGAAACACUGCAGACGGAUCCUGAGGCUCAGAAUCUGUUCAGGGCGUAUCGUGGCAGUGGUGGUGUUGGUGGUGCUGCUGCUGUCGUAACAGAGGAUCUUCUCAAGCUGACGCUGGCGCAGGGUGCUGUCAGUGUGGUGCCUGCCGAGGCGUUGACGCUCGAACGCAACGAGGAUGGGAAGAACAAGAAGAUCUCCGCGGCCAAGCUGCUCUCUACGCGUGCCGUCGCGGAUCCCAACACGGGCCUCUAUGCAACCUCCGUGACUGACGAGCGCGGGGUCUCUCUUGGACUCGUCUGGAGCAGCGACGAGAGCAUUGCCGAGGCCCUCCGCACCGGGACUGGCGUCUACCAGAGCAGGAAGCGUGGGUUGUGGUACAAGGGUCAGUCUAGCGGUGAUGUUCAGGAGCUGCUACGAGUCGGUUUCGACUGUGACAGUGACUGUCUGCUGUUUGUCGUCAAUCAGAUUGGCAGAGGCUUCUGCCACCUAGGCACUGCAAGCUGCUUCGGCCAGUACUCUGGUCUGUCGCGUCUUCAGAAGACUCUCCUGGCACGCAAGGCUGACGCUCCCGCCGGGUCAUAUACUGCUCGGCUGUUCAAUGAGCCUAAGCUGGUCGAGGCGAAGAUCAUGGAGGAAGCAGAGGAGCUGUGCCAGGCACAGACCAAGGAAGAGAUUGCCUUCGAGGCGGCAGACCUCUUCUAUUUUGCUCUUACCAAAUGUGCUGCCGCCGGUGUCACUCUCGAGGACAUCGAGCGGAACCUCGACCUGAAGAGCCUCAAGGUCAAGCGGAGAAAGGGCGACGCCAAGGGGCCAUGGGCUGAAAAGGCUGGCCUGGCAAAGGCCGAGUCUGCUGUCCCUGCUGCCCCUCCGGCUCCUACCCCUGCUGCUGCUCCCACACCCGCGCCGACAGCUCAAGAUGGGCGGAUUGAAAUGAAGCGUAUCGUUACUGCGACUACGCCCGCCAGUGAGGUCAUGGCCGCGCUGAAGCGGCCGUCGCAAAAGUCCAACGAUGUGAUUGUUGGCCUUGUGCGCCCGAUCAUCGAUGACGUGCGUACCAACGGCGAUGCGGCCGUGCUCAAGUACACCCACAAGUUCGAGAAGGCGACCUCGCUGCAGUCGCCGGUGCUCAAGGCGCCAUACUCGCCGGAGCUGAUGAAGCUGUCGCCCGAGACGCAGGAGGCGAUCGACAUCAGCAUCGCCAACAUUCACCGCUUCCACGCAGCGCAGAAGUCUAGCAACGACACCAUGCGCGUAGAGACUAUGCCGGGCGUUGUCUGCUCGCGCUUCUCGCGCCCGAUCGAGCGCGUCGGCUUGUACAUCCCCGGCGGCACCGCGGUGUUGCCCUCGACGGCGAUGAUGCUAGGCGUGCCGGCCAUGGUGGCCGAGUGCAAGACGAUUGUCUUUGCCUCCCCGCCACGCGCGGACGGCAGCAUCUCGCCGGAGAUUGUCUACGUGGCGCACAAAGUGGGCGCGGAGAGCAUUGUGCUGGCCGGCGGCGCGCAGGCGGUCGCGGCCAUGGCGUAUGGCACCGAAAGCAUCAGCAAGGUCGACAAGAUUCUGGGUCCUGGUAACCAGUUCGUCACGGCGGCCAAGAUGCUGGUCUCCAACGACACAUCGGCGGGUGUCAGCAUCGACAUGCCCGCGGGUCCCAGCGAGGUGCUGGUCAUCGCCGACAAGGACGCCAACCCGGCGUUUGUUGCGUCGGACCUGCUCAGCCAGGCGGAGCACGGCGUUGACUCCCAGGUGAUUCUGAUCGCUGUCGACCUGAAUGAGGCCCAGCUGCAGGCGAUCGAGGACGAGGUCGACGCCCAGGCCAAGGCGCUGCCCCGAGUUGAUAUCGUCAAGGGCUCCCUCGCCCACUCGGUCACCUAUGUCGUCCGUGACAUCGACGAGGCCAUGGACAUCAGCAACGAGUACGCCCCGGAACACCUCAUCCUGCAGGUUGCCGACGCCGAGGCCCUCGUUGAUCGUGUGCAGAACGCCGGCAGCGUCUUCAUCGGCCAGUGGACGCCGGAGUCGGUGGGAGACUACUCUGCUGGCGUCAACCACUCUUUACCAACAUACGGCUACGCCAAGCAGUACUCUGGUGUCAACCUCGGCUCCUUCCUCAAGCACAUCACCAGCUCCAACCUGACCGCCGACGGGCUGUACGCCCUCUCGAAGACAGUCGAGCAGCUGGCCGCCGUCGAGGGGCUGGAUGCCCACAAGCGCGCUGUCAGCGUCCGCGUUGCUGCUAUGCGCCGGUAG